AUGUCUUCGCGCGGUGAUCAACUAAAGCCGCGAGCCACCACGCAGGCUUCACGCGCACCGCGGGUCAGCGAAGCGGAAUGGAUUAAUCGGCGCCAAAAGCUCGAGAGUCUGUACCUGGAUGAUAAUCUAUCUCUUCAGGAAAUAACAGAGACCAUGGCAAGGGAGUACAGUUUCUUCGCCACAGAGAAACAGCUGAAGUAUCAAUUCAACAAGUGGGGUCUCAAGAAGUACAUAAGCGAUCGAGACUUGACCACAAUGCUAUCUUUCAAAAGAAAGCGUCAAGAGCUGGGAAAGGAUACCAGCUUCGAAUAUCGAGGCCACCUAUUUGAGCAAGAAAGGCUUGAGCGGGCGUCAAAAAGACGAAAGGGGCCUCUAAUUUCCUCCCCAGUCCUUCCACCGUAUAUUAGAGCAUUGAUAUCACCACGACAAAGCCCGCAAAUGCCAUGCUUUCUUCCAGCUUAUGGUCAGACUUUUGGGGUUCCAAAUAGUGCCGAGGAAGUGACUCAUGAUAUCGAAAGGCCAAUUAGUCUGGGAAUUCCCCCCAACAACUCCUGUCACCAGUCUGAAGCAUUUGGCUUGAGCCACGUAUGGAAUAGCCUCGAUGCCUUCUCAGACCCGGUUUUCUUCGAUGAUGGUGGCCAAAACCAAACGAACAGCGGAUUAUGGGAAACUUUGCUCGAUAACAACAGUGCGUCGUUGUCACCACGACGCGGGUCGCUUAUGCCGACUUCAUCCAGGCAAGACAUCGAGGCUGUGCGUACGGAAAACACGAGCCAGCUUAUGCGGCAAAUAACCAGGAUCACUCCAGAUGUUUCUACCAUGCAAAGUGCAAACGACAAGGACUCCCAUUUUUCAGGCUGCAAUGUGGACUUUGACUUCUCAGACUUUGUAAAUUCACCUCAGGGACCGAGCACAGCUCGUAGCUCUUCUUCUCACGCGGAACCACAUCCUCGGAGGUCUGAUGAGAGGAUAAUCAUCUCCCCUCUUCAGCUCGCAGACCACGAUGACACUCACAGCGAAGGUAGAGCAUUCAAUCUGGCUUCAGAGACUACAUCAGCCACCGGUCAAGCGCUUGGCUCCGUCACUGGGGAGGAUGUGAGAGCAGAGUCAAUUGCGUCACUACUCGUUUUGCUUCAAUCGCUUAUUUUUUCACGCUUCAACACUGCUUCUCAAAAGUACGAGCAUGACGCCUCUGUUAUCUCGGACGUUUUCUGUCCACAUUUGUGCGACUGGUUAUCCUUUGGGGUCGAAGAAUUGCUGGACUCAUACCUUGAAAGAUCUCUAAGGUCUAUUCGAAAGCGCCAAAUAGCGAGGAUUCAAGGUUCCUUGCGAUCUGGCUCCGAUGUCUAUCUUGACGAGCCUAGACAAGGUUUCGAAUCGUCGGAUGGAAUACAACGACUUUCAAAGCUCACCGAAGGCACUGAUGCUAUCAAGCUGCGAAGUACCUUUUGUCGGCUUUGUUACACGCCCAUGGGACAAGUCCUAUUUCAAGUCAGAGAAGGACCAAGCAGUUCAAUGGACGAAGGAGGAAGUGAUUCGAAGUUCCUCAUCAUCAUAUCAUUCAUGCCGCGGGCGAUGAAACGGACCCCUGGACUGUGCGUCCGUUUGUCCAGACUGAUGAGUGGGCCUGCAAUCCCUCCGCAAGUUAACACCUUCAACGUCGUUCCGGAUGAUUCUGCGAUCUUUCAGUGCAUCCGCAAGAGCGAUCUCAAGGGCAUACAAACACUAUUCGACCUUGGAGCAGCAUCCGCUCGAGACGUCGACUCGCGAGGCAUAUCGCUACUCCAUUACGCUAUAUUCACGGGAUGUUCUGACAUUUUUCGGCUUCUACUUCAAGGCGGAGCUAGUACCUAUCAAUGUAUGGACAGCGGCCGAAUAACAGACGUUAUCACGGUCAUAUGGAACUGUUUUGCAGGUGCUAAUUCGGGCGUGGUUGAGUGGUCAGGGAUGCCAACGGAAGAACUUCAGAAGUUCGAGCACUGUGUGGCAAUAACACAACUAGCACUAGACUAUGACUGCAUGAUUGACAACGCCGACGAUCGACGAAUAGGUGCUGGUCCGCUUUUUUAA